AUGUUUUUCUUUCUUCUUUUCCUCCCCCACUCUCUCUGUGUAUGGGUUCUCUAUCUUCAUUAUCUUUAUAUGUUGCCUUCGUUAUCUGUCUGUCUGUCUGUCUAUCUAUCUAUCGUAUUUGUUAUCUAUCUCUCUAUCUAUCUAUCGUAUUUGUUAUCUAUCUAUCUUUCUAUCUAUCUUAUUUGUUAUCUAUCUAUCUUUCUAUCUAUCGUCUUUGUUAUCUAUCUCUCUAUCUAUCUAUCGUAUUUGUUAUCUAUCUAUCUAUCUUUCUAUCGUAUUUGUUAUCUAUCUAUCUAUCUUUCUAUCGUAUUUGUUAUCUAUCUUUCUAUCUAUCGUAUUUGUUAUCUAUCUUUCUAUCUAUCGUAUUUGUUAUCUAUCUAUCUAUCUAUCUAUCUAUCUGUCUUUGUAUCUAUCGUAUUUGUUAUCUAUCUAUCUAUCGUUUCCGUUAUCUAUCUAUAUGUCUUAUUUCCCUGUAUUCUCUUUUUUUUUUCUAGUAGGAUUAUAUCUAUUUCUUUUCUCUUUCUCUCUAUUUGGAUUCUCCGUGUUAUUAUCUUCGAUUUGGGAUCUGUGCGUCAUUUGGUCUCUCUCUCCCUCCCAAUGUUUGGAUUCUCCAUGUUUUUGUUUUCUCUUUCUUGGUAUUCGGCUUCCCUACAUUUGAUUUUUCUCUCUAUCCACCUUUCUAUCAUUAUUUGGUAUUGUAAUAUUUUCUCUCUUUCUCUCUCUCUUUGUAAUUUGGUUUUCUUCGUUCUUUUCAUUCUCUCACACUCGCUCUUCUUUUCUCUCUCUCUCAACUUGGCUCUUUAUAUUUUGUCUCUUUAUGAUCUGCUCUCUUUUUUAACAAAUAUUAUUUUCCCAUUGAAUUGCUCGUUCUUCAUUCCUUUGGACAUGAAAGAAAGUUCGGUUCUAUCUAUCUGUCUAGGCACCGCGAGGUGGUGUAAUGGUUAG